AUGCACUCAAGAGGGGUCGUCCAUAGCGACCUCAAACCUUACAACAUCUUUGAGAGGCUCAACGCUAGUGCAGUGGACGAAGUGAUGAUUGGAGAUUUUGGCAUGGCCACAGACAAACAAUGGGAUAUGCAGCAGUAUUGUGGAACAGCGAAGUACAUGGCACCCGAGGUGGUAGCGGUGAAGAGUGAUGGAGCAAGCUACACGGCAGCCAUGGAUGUGUGGGGGCUGGGAGUCAUUGCUUAUGAGCUGCUGAGAGGGUAUCAAUCGAGAGUCGAAUUUGAUUUUCUGAGAGCCAGAGCAUUCCUGAUUGGUUUUGCGUCAUGUGAAGCAAAGGAUCUCAUCCAGGGAAUGCUAGUUGUGGAGCAGAGCAAGAGGACCCUCGCAGCACUGUCGGCUCUCGCGGAUUUUGAGGAAGGCCACACCCGAGCUAGGAAUCGCCACUCCAGCGGUGAGUCCGCACUCGCGAGCUUGCACGCCAAGUGUGGGAGCCUGGAUGCUGUUCGAGAAGAACCGCGAGAGGGAUCUAGAAUGCGGUGGUUGGAGGGGAUCUCCCCGAAUGGAGCUCCACUGCUCGAGCGGGGGAUGUUCUACGCGGGGUGGCUGAGCCGCGAGCACUACCGGUUUGUGGUGGAGCUGCUCGGGCGGUGUGGGGAGGCGCUGCUCCGCAGUAUGCCGCUGGAGCCCCAUGGGUGA